AUGACUUGUGAGCCCUCCAUCCCGAGCGCUGCUCCACUGGUCAGUGACCCGGAGCGUGUUGGACCGUCAAAUAUCUUCAUCGAGCUGCUCAGAUGUACCGUGUCGGCUGAUCCCUCGAACCAACGCUUCUGCAGCGGUGAAAAGCCCAUAAAUACUCUGUGUAUCGACAUCGUGAUUGAUGAACCGAUCGCUUCGCUUCUCCAGGAACUCCUCCGCUUCGCCGUGGAUCACAGGUACACCGUUACUUUGCUCCUGUUCUUUGGGAACGAUCACUUCAAUCGAAGGAGGAGGCGCCAUCGCAGUAACCGCGCCUUCGUUCGAUCGCUCAACCUGCAGCAGCAUUGUGCGAAUCUGCGUUGUGAAAAUGGCGGAGUUUGCCGAAAGACGGCCACCGAUCGGAGCCAGUGCCAGUGUGCGGAAGGAUUUGCGGGACAUAACUGCGAGAUUAACCUGUGCACCGACUUUUGCGCCAACGGGGGCCAAUGUACGAUCGAGCGUGGUGCCGCCAAAUGCAAUUGUCCGGUUGGAACAUUCGGCGAACGGUGCCAGGACCUCGGAUGUCCUGAUCUCUGCCAAAACGGUGGAGAGUGCAUUGACGGCGAGCGGCCGUUCUGCAAAUGCCCCCGUGGCUACGAGGGACGCUUUUGUGAAGUCGAUCUGUGCGUCAGACCGGAAGGAGUGCGACCAAGCUAUUGUCCACCAAGCAACACAGUACCGGGGCUCACACCGACGACAAACCCUUCGUCGUGUAAUGCGUACUAUUGCAACAACGGUGGACACUGUCUGGAGAUCCGUGGUGCACCGAUCUGCAACUGCACGGUGCAGUACGCCGGGGAGCAUUGUGAGAACUACGUCACGUAUCGCAAUCCAUGCAACAAUUUCUGCCACAACAACGGCAUCUGUCGAUUGGAUCUGUUCUCCUCCUCGAACGUUACCUACAUCCCCUCGUGCGUCUGUAUCGGCGAGUGGACGGGAAAGCAGUGUGAGCGGCCACCGCGAUGUAUCGAUGAAUGCGGAACGUGCAUCGAGGGUAGCUCGAUCAACGAGUGUACCUGCGAGGACAAUCAGAUCAGCACCUGCCUGAGGGAGGUUACGCUGGCCGAGCUGGAAAGUGGGGACGGUAACAGCACCACUAGCUACACCCUAACGAUCCUUGGGAUCUUCUUCUGUGUGAUACUCAUCGUAGCGGCCGGCAUCCUUGGUGCUCUGUAUGGACUCAAAAAACGUCGUACCGGACAACCAUUCCUACACGCUCGGCUAACGGAUAACGUGGAGAUUACGAACCCUAUGUACCUGGGCGAUGCGGACGAAGGGCCGGCCUUUGUGCACGAAGAUGAUAAGGUUCACUUUGGUAAUCCAGUGUACGAACAAAUGUAUGCAGGAGGUGUGAACGUGCACACCGAUUCCGCAACGAUUGCUGCCGGCAAUAGCGCGCACCCGUUGCUGACCGGCACCGCACAGCCACCGGAAGAGAAGAAGGGUCUGCUGCAGCAUCCCCAGGAGGACACGAUCGCAGCUGAUCUGUUAUGAUGUAAGGCCAAAUAGUUGCAGCUACUGAAGCAACGGUUCUAAAAUCGGUCGAACCGGAACCGUUGCUUCACGGCGUUGCGCUUGACUAUGCAGAUGCUAUGUCCGGUCCAGUAGUGUGAUCUACAACUCAUCUUGGACCCAUAUAGCUCGAUAUCUCUUUGCUCGCAGCUAUUAGGAUAAGAAGGGAAGGAGGAGACAUGGUAUCAAGAUAGCCACCAUAAGAACAUCACGCGACCGUAGCCGUAGUGGGUGGGGUGCGUGGAGCUAAAAGCACCCAACGGCUUCCUCGCCAUAAGCUUUAACGUAACAGGGGGUUUACUAUUAAUCUUAUUAUUAUUAUUAAUAUUAUUAUUUUUAUUGUUUUACUUUACAACCGCUAAGU